AGAUAUCCCCUUUACCAGCUUGGAAAUCCACAACUACGUGUGUUCCGAACAAACUUCUUCAUGACCCUGGUCAGACCUGGCAAAGAGCAGCCCCCAGACACAGUGCAAUUCCGUAUUCCUAUUGCAAUGACAAAGUUUGAUGUCCAAAACUAUCUGCAGAGUAUAUACAACAUACCAGUGUCAUGUGUGCGCACUCGCAUCCAGUAUGGCAGCAACAAAAAAAGAAACCAUCUAAAUCAACGAGUGAAGCAGCCAGAUUACAAGAUGGCCUAUGUUCAGCUGGGCCAAGGAAAGACCUUCCAAUUCCCAGAUCUUUUUCCAGAGAAGGAGGAUGCUUCUGAGCAGGGCUCAAUUGAACAGAUCCAAGCAGAAUUCAUGGAGGAUGAGAAACAGCGUCAGCGCAGCGAUCCACGCAGAGGAGGACUUAAUGAUUGGUUUGGGUUGUAA